GGCUGGGACGGGUAUGCCGCUAUUAUCUUCUACGAGCCAAAAACAUUAACGGAGAAGUAGAGAGAGAGAAAAUAUCGGCGCAUUUUCUGCGACGGACAUUCCGGAAAACCCCAGAUGGAUUAGUCUGCUUUAUUCGUGUGGCUCCGUUGCGCUGUUCGCUACGCAAUGUGGAACAAAUAAAGAUCUGGACUCACUGAAACUACAGCAUACAGUAGACAGUAGAGAAUGGGCUGUGUCCAAUGUAAGGAUAAAGAAGCAACAAAACUCACUGAUGAUCGGGAGACCAGUCUCACGCAAAACUCGGGGUACCGCUAUGGGGCUGACCCAACGCCGCAGCAUUACCCCAGCUUCGGGGUCACCGCCAUCCCAAACUACAACAACUUCCACAGCGCAGCAACGCAGGGGGUGACCGUGUUCGGAGGGGUCCACACUUCCUCACAGUCUGGGACGCUCCGGUCCCGAGGAGGAACAGGGGUAACCUUGUUUGUGGCGCUGUAUGACUAUGAAGCCAGGACUGAGGAUGACCUCAGCUUCAGAAAGGGGGAGAAGUUCCAGAUCCUAAACAGCACUGAGGGAGACUGGUGGGAGGCUCGUUCUCUCACUACGGGUGGAACUGGUUACAUUCCCAGUAAUUACGUGGCUCCAGUGGACUCCAUCCAAGCUGAGGACUGGUAUUUUGGUAAACUAGGCCGAAAGGACGCAGAGAGACAGCUCCUCUCCAACGGCAACCCCAGAGGCACAUUCCUCAUCCGUGAGAGUGAAACAACCAAAGGGGCCUUUUCCCUGUCUAUCCAGGACUGGGAUGACAUCAAAGGAGAUCACGUGAAACACUACAAAAUUCGCAAGUUGGACAGCGGUGGCUACUACAUCACCACCAGGGCACAGUUUGAGACGCUACAGCAGCUGGUGCAGCACUACUCUGCCAGGGCUGCAGGACUUUGCUGCCGGCUUAUAGUCCCAUGCCAUAAAGGCAUGCCCCGUCUGGCAGACCUGUCCGUUAAAACCAAAGACGUGUGGGAGAUCCCGCGGGAGUCGCUGCAGCUCAUCAAACGUCUUGGCAAUGGCCAGUUUGGAGAGGUCUGGAUGGGCACGUGGAAUGGCACCACUAAGGUGGCAGUGAAGACUCUGAAGCCAGGCACCAUGUCGCCCGAGUCCUUCCUAGAGGAGGCCCAGAUUAUGAAGAAGCUUCGACAUGACAAGCUGGUCCAGCUCUAUGCCGUGGUGUCCGAGGAGCCCAUCUAUAUUGUCACAGAGUACAUGAGCAAAGGGAGCUUGCUUGACUUCCUGAAGGACGGAGAAGGACGAGGUCUCAAGCUGCCGAAUCUAGUGGACAUGGCGGCUCAGGUGGCAGCAGGCAUGGCCUACAUUGAGAGGAUGAACUACAUCCACCGAGACCUGCGCUCUGCCAACAUCCUGGUAGGAGACAGCCUGGUGUGUAAGAUUGCUGACUUUGGUCUGGCUCGCCUCAUAGAGGACAACGAGUACACCGCAAGACAAGGUGCCAAGUUUCCCAUUAAAUGGACCGCUCCCGAGGCAGCACUCUAUGGGAAGUUCACCAUCAAAUCAGAUGUCUGGUCAUUUGGAAUCCUGUUGACAGAGCUGGUGACCAAGGGCCGAGUCCCCUAUCCUGGUAUGAACAACCGUGAGGUGUUGGAGCAGGUGGAGCGCGGCUACAGAAUGCCCUGCCCUCAGGACUGCCCCAUAUCCCUGCAUGAGCUGAUGAUCCAGUGCUGGAAGAAAGACCCGGAGGAGCGGCCUACCUUCGAGUACUUGCAGGCCUUUUUGGAGGACUACUUCACUGCCACUGAGCCACAGUACCAGCCGGGGGAUAAUCUCUGAGCAUCAGUUGCCGUUGUCAUCUCGUGUUAUUCAUACGCUGGCCACUAGAGGGGGCCAAACAAACACCACAAGUCCUUUGUCAUCUUGUGGUGAGAUAAUUAAAUGACUGAUAACUAACUUGCCUCAUAUGGUGGAUGAUGACACUACCGCUGUGUAAAAACCCAACUCACUACCACUCUCACGCUUCCAGUUCUUUUACGAUAUGUUUCAUGUUUCAAAGCUGAUGACUUCACAACCGCCAUCUUGAUGCACUUCAUUUGGACUGGAAAAAAAGUACGCUUUUUGGGGAAGGGGCGGGGGAGGGGCACCAAGAUGACUGACGAAUUGAAAUGGACUACUGCAGAUGAGAGGAAUGGAUUGUGGUGUGUAUCUUGUACGUAGUGUAAAUAAAUACAAACUGCUUGUUUACUUAUCCCCGUUCUUUUGUUUUAUAUUACUUUUGAUAUUUUGGAAAUGUGUGGAUUUUUUUUAAUCCAAGGUCAAGGUUAUCUCAGAAUUAUGGCUUGUAGAUAAACAUGUGAAGCUCACAGUUGGUAACAAAUCGUGACAUAAUCGUAGGAAUGGUGAUUGUUAGACAUUGUGGAGAAAAUCUCAGAAAUUUCUCUGGGAGUCCACCAACCUUUUUUUACGAGGUUACUAUAAAUGCUAUCCUCUUCUCAAGGAAUUUAGAUGUAUUAUAGCACCCGUUCUUGCCUUUUUAUGUUUAGUAAUAUUCUUAUAAAGUAAGGGAAUGCCUUCAUGCUUUCUAUACACUAACUAAACGCCUAUUGCAUCAUGGGCUUCUCCCCAAACUUGUAUGGCAUCUGCACUGACAUCAAGUGCAUCCAUUGUAUUUGUGCUUAUAAGCCAAGGAUUUUUUUGAAUCAGCUUAAAGUAACUUAAUUCAUCGUGGCUUCUUGUGGUUGUAUAGGGGUUGAUGCCCCUGCAAAUGGCAACCAUUGUUAGGCUGACUGCUUAUUAUGAUGAUGAUAUUUUUAAAAGUAUGUUGCAUUACUGUAUGGCAGCAGGCUAUGUAAGAACUAUGCUUUGAACAUACAGAUUGUCUCUGCGCUUCUAAGGCCAAACAAACUGCCAUUUUCACAUUUUCAUGACUGGAAUGAAGGAUGCAAACCUGUAAUUGUCCCUCCAUAAUGUGUAUCUGGAAAUAACAUGCUGUUUAUGAGACCAUACAUGUUUAUUUCAUAGUAUUUAUUUGCUCUCUUUUUCUCUGCCAUUUUGUUUUGUCCUUAACCAUAUACAGUGGAAUAACCAGGUAAACCUACAGUGUCCUGAAAAUGUUGAAUUUCCCUGUCUGGAUGAGAUUGCAGGACAGUAAGCCACUAUUUAAGUUUCUUUUUGGGGGGGGGGUGAAUCCUCAGUUUUGUAGCAGUUGGUUUAUUCUCAUUGAGUAGAUAGGCAAAAUAUUUUUGGUCUCUGCAUUAUUUAUUGUCUCUGUCUGUUA